AUAAAGGCGCCGCCGGCCUCGCCCCCAGGACUCGGCCCGAUGGAGACGCCGCGGGCCGAGGCUGGCGCUCGGAGGGGAGCUGUGACAGGUGCCUUCCACCCGUGUGAACUGUGAGUGGCAGGUGGAGAGAGGUCCACUCAGAAAGCCAGCCCACCAUGAGUCUGUGGGAACUGGGUUCCCCCAGGCCAGCUCAGGAGCCCAGCGUGGAGGAGACAUCGGCUGUGGAGCUGCAGAUGAAGGUUGAUUUCUUCCGGAAGCUUGGCUACUCAUCUGCUGAGAUCCACAGUGUCCUGCAGAAACUGGGGGUGCAGGCUGACACCAACACAGUGCUGGGCGAGCUGGUCAAACAUGGGUCAGCAUCCGAGCGGGAGCGCCAGGCCUCCCCAGACCCCUGCACUCAGCCCCCACUAGUCCCCCGGGGUGGGGGCACCCCCAAGGCUCCCACCCUGGAACCCUCGGCACCAGAGGAGAACAAGGAGGGCAGUGACCUGAGACCUGUGGUCAUCGACGGGAGCAACGUGGCCAUGAGUCACGGGAACAAGGAAGUGUUCUCCUGCCGGGGCAUCCUCCUGGCAGUGAACUGGUUUCUGGAGCGGGGCCACACAGACAUCACAGUAUUUGUGCCAUCCUGGAGGAAGGAGCAGCCUCGGCCUGAUGUGCCCAUCACAGACCAGCACAUCCUGCGGGAGCUGGAGAAGAAAAAGAUCCUGGUGUUCACCCCGUCUCGGCGCGUGGGUGGCAAGCGCGUGGUGUGCUAUGAUGACCGAUUCAUUGUGAAGCUCGCUUUCGAGUCUGACGGGGUGGUGGUCUCCAACGACACGUACCGGGACCUCCAGAGCGAGCGGCAGGAAUGGAAGCGCUUCAUUGAGGAGCGGCUGCUCAUGUAUUCCUUCGUCAACGACAAGUUCAUGCCCCCUGAUGACCCUCUGGGCCGGCAUGGGCCAAGCCUGGACAACUUCCUUCGUAAGAAGCCACUCACAGCAGAGCACAGGAAGCAGCCUUGUCCCUACGGGAGAAAAUGCACCUACGGGAUCAAGUGCCGAUUCUUCCACCCGGAGCGGCCCAGCCGCCCACAGCGCUCUGUGGCUGACGAGCUCCGCGCCAACGCCCUCCUCCCACCCGCUAGGGCCCCGGGCAAGGACAAAAGUGGCCAGCGGGCUUCACCCUCAUCCCAGCCCAGCUCUGUGCCCACAGAGCAUGAGCAGUGUAGCCUGGAUGGGAAGAAGCUGGGAGCCCAGGCAUCCCCAGCCCCGCACCGAGAGGGUCUGACCCAGCCCUUCGCCCCAGCGGGCAGGAUCCUGCCCCCUAGUGGGGGCAGUGGCAGCAGCUUUGGGCCCACAGACCUAUUCUCCCAGACACCAGAUUCUCUCCCAUACACCUCCCAAGAGUGUCUGGACUCGGGCAUCGGCUCCCUGGAGAGCCAGAUGUCAGAACUGUGGGGGGUUCGCGGAGGAGGCCCUGGUGAGCCCGGCCCUCCUCGGGGCCCUUACGCCGGCUACAGCCCCUACGGGGCCGAGCUCCCAACCCCUCGGGCCUUCUCUGCUUUUGGAGGGGCCGUGGGUGCCGGCCACUUCAGUGUCCCUGCCGACUAUGCCCCCCCGCCGGCUGCUUUUGCACCUCGAGAGUACUGGUCUGAGCCGUACCAGCUGCCCCCGCCCACCCCAGUCCUGCAGGACCAGCAGGUGCCAGGCCCAGGUGCUGACAGGGGCCCGUGGGGCGGGACCAGCAGCCUGGCCAAGGAGCGAGCCAGCGUGUACACCAAGCUGUGCGGGGUCUUCCCCCCACACCUGGUAGAGGCUGUGAUGGGGCGCUUCCCGCAGCUCCUGGACCCCCAGCGGCUGGCUGCCGAGAUCCUUUCCUACCAGCCCCGGCACCCCAGCAAGUGAGCCAGCUGUGCUGCGCCAGCCGCCCCCAAGGCUGGACUGUGGGAGGAGUGAAAUAGGGAAGGGAACCUGCAAACCAAAGAUACUGUAGGAUUGGUUCUGGCCCACCCGGCGCCUGCAGCCAGCUGCCAGCUGCCGUGUGGGGCAGGAGCGAUCACCCUGUUGAUGCACAUUGUAUCUGUCGUUUAAGGAGACGCUGCCGUAAAGGCAUCAGUCUGUGGCUGAAGCCCAAACCCUCCUUUCUCUCAGAGGGCGGGGAGGGAGGCGGUGGGGAGCAGAGGCCUGGGCUGGGGCCCCUGUGCACGGCCCCCCACCUCCGCCCCGUCCCUGGGAUGCCGGCCUCAGCUGGCUAGUUAGGCACCAUGUGCCUGCCCUCCAAGGGCCCCUCCUGUACGCCAAUGAGGCCUCAUCCGUGCUCUCGCGGGGCACCAGGCUUCAUGUUAGUAAGCAAGAUGCUUCUUAAUAACCCACCUUCUGUCCCUCUCUGUUCGCCUGUCUCCUUGCCCCCACCCUCUCUUCCGCUCCUCUGUACUUCAAGUCAUCUCUCCCUUCCACAAGAGUGGGAACGCAUAUAUGUAUGUGUACAAGUAUAACGUUAAAUUUGUAAGUCCCUGCCUCCCUGACCACGUCAAUAAAGUACAGUGUGAGCCCUUUUAGGAGA